AUGCCGCGCCAACGAUUCGACUCUUUUAUGAGCCAGUACACGGGAAAAAGGGUUGGCAGAUUUGCGAGAGUGGCGAAAGCAGUGAGCAUCAUGACUCGCGUGGCGAAGCUGAUCCGCGUCUACGCGCUUCAGCAGCACACGAUGCGCGAAGUCAACCAGCUUCGGGACAAAUUCGCGGACGGUCUGACAAAGAAGGACUCGGAAAUGCUCCACCAGCAGGCGAAGGUGCUUCUUCAAGCGACGCACCGACACGAGUCGCUCUCCGACUUGAUCCAGAAGAAAAGGCUCGGAAAUUUUUUUCCAAUUUCGACAGAAUUUCCCAAGUAUUUCAAAAUCGAGCCCGUCAAUAAGCAGAACAGGACUCGAUAG